AUGGCUUCGCUUCAGCUUCAUCUUCUUCCACUCUCAACCGGUCCAUGUCUACCCAGUUCCCGGUUCAGACGCAGUCUGGUCCGAUCCUCGACCGAGCGCCAGGCGCUCUUCAACCGCAUUGCCCCUGUCUACGAUAACUUGAAUGAUUUGCUGAGCUUGGGUCAGCAUCGAAUAUGGAAAAGAAUGGCAGUGUCCUGGAGUGGAGCAAAAAAGGGAGACAGUGUGUUGGAUUUGUGCUGUGGAAGUGGGGAUUUGGCGUUUCUCUUGUCUGAGAAAGUUGGGUCCAGUGGCAAGGUGAUUGGUCUCGAUUUCUCGAAAGAGCAGUUAUCAGUUGCUUCUUCGCGGCAAAAGUUGAUGUCAAAAGCCUUCUACACGAACAUUGAGUGGGUUGAAGGUGAUGCAAUUGAUUUGCCAUUUUCUGAUGGUCACUUUGAUGCCAUCACUAUGGGUUAUGGUCUGAGAAAUGUAGUAGACAAACAGAAGGCCAUGCAGGAAAUGUAUAGAGUUUCAAAAGCAGGCUCAAGAGUAUCUAUCCUUGACUUUAAUAAAAGCACCAAUCCAGUUAUUGCCUUCACUCAGGAAUUGAUGAUUGACAAUGUUGUUGUACCUGUGGCUUCUGGUUUUGGCCUUGCAGAGGAUUACAAAUACUUAAAGAGUUCAAUCCGGGAAUUUCUGACAGGUAAGGAGAUGGAAGAGCUGGCUUUAGAUGUAGGUUUUUCCAAUGCCAGAUAUUAUGAGAUUGGUGGAAGCCUCAUGGGGAACUUAGUAGCCACCCGUUAA